AUGGACCAGAGCAACCCCGAGUUCAAGCAGAGAUCAGUGGUAUCUUCAUUCAUCUGCUCUAAUGCAGGAGAAACCAAAGUUGCUCUAUUUCGACGAAGUGAGAAAGUCAGCACAUAUCAGCACCAUCUCGCUCCCAUAUCAGGCAGUAUAGAGAGCCAUGAAACGCCAGAAACAGCGGCAUGGCGCGAGUUGAAAGAGGAGACUACUCUCACCCCACGAGAUAUUGAUCUUUGGCGGAAGGGAAAACCAUACACCUUCAGUGAUCCUUCUGUCGGUCGGAAGUGGAGCAUUUUUCCGUUCUUAUUCCGACUCAAAGACUCCCGUGAAGGCGGCCGUGGUGAAGGUGGUAUUCAAAUCGACUGGGAGCAUGAAAGUUGGGAUUGGUACAGUCCCGACACGAUCCAAGACGAUGAGAAAUUUGGUGGCGUACCACGUCUAAAGGAAAGCCUGCGACGAGUCUGGUUUGAACGCGACAUGAACGAGAGCGCUAGUAAGGCACUCAUAGUAGGCCUGGGAGAACUGAAGGCAGAUCACCAGAGUGGAUCCCACGAGCUGACCUCGAUUGCACUGAGGGCUUUCCGGGAUGUUAUUGAGCAGAUGGACGAGGACAUUAACACGAAGUGGUGGGAAACUGCUCGCAUGGCUGCAUGGCAUCUGUGGAAAAAUGGACGAGAAAGCAUGGGCGCAGCCACCUUGAAUGCAUUUCUCGGAUUGCUCGCCGACAUGGAAGAGAUUGUACACGACAUUCUCGACAGCAAGGUCAAGUGGGAACGUUUGUUGGCAUUGCUCGACCACCAUUUGGACAAGCGCAAAGAUAUGCCCAUGCGCAUCAAAAGCUCCUUUGCGACCUAUCUUGAAUCCAACUUCCUGUCUAUAGCAAACUCAAAGCCUACGCCCUCUCUCGUCAUUCUCACCCUCUCGGCGAGCUCUACUAUCCGAUAUAGCAUCCUGGAGGCCUUCGCAUCUCUUCCAAUUCCUAAUCUGGAGCUUAGGAUACUAGAAUCUCGUCCGCUUUGCGAAGGAGUCAAUAUGGCGUCCUCCAUUCUCUCUGCCUUUCAGUCAAGAUUUUCCUCGUCUCCCGAUCGACAUCUUAAACUAACCGUGUACACUGAUGCAUCUGCUGCUCUCGCAAGCAAGGAAGUGGAUUUCGUGCUGCUUGGAGCAGACCGGAUCUCGGAUUCAGGCUCAGUAAGCAAUAAAACUGGCUCUUUGCCAGCUGUUCUGAGUGCCAGACAUGUUUGUCCCGCCGCCAAAGUCUUGGUUCUCAGUGAGCUAGAGAAGGUAGCCGAGCCUGGUGCCGAGAGCGAUCAUAGCCACGAAGAGAACGAUCCGAAAGAGCUGGUGGGGUGUUGGAUUGACGGCGGCAUUAAAGGAAUUAAGAUUCUUGCUGAGGGUAUCGAGGCUGAUCGAGACAGCACCAACUACACAGUCGAAGUUAAGAAUAUCUACUUCGAAUGGGUUCCGGCUGAGUUCAUAGAUGCGUAUAUCUGCGAGGAAGGGACUUUGGACGCCACUGUUAUUCAAGAGAAGGCCCAACAGGUUGGUGCUGCUCUGGAUGAAAUAAAUUUUGCUUUUGAUGUCCACACCUUUGGUGUUCCUGCGAAAGAGUUGAUAUUCGAAUAUGUCGUGCAUCGUCCAUCCACCGGAAAGGAAGAUCCACACAAUCUAAUUGUUAUCCAAUGCCCUGGCUGGGGCUUAGGAUCUCGAUAUCUCCAAAACGGACUGCAAGCGUUGUGGAAACCCGAAGAUCUCGCCAGUACCGCAACUACCGUUGGAUACACUGUCAUCUUCUUCCAUUCUCGUGGAACGGAUGGAUCAUCCAGACCACUGACAUCCCAGAUGAGCAGUAUGCCCGAUUUCGCGUCCGACUUGGAGGAUCUCCGUCAGCACCUGCAUAUGGAACGAUGUCCGAUUUUGCUGGGCCAUUCAAACGGCGGAGCGAUUGCGCUAGGGUACGCAGAGAUGUACCCUAGUCGUGUUGAAAAGCUCAUUCUCCUUGAUCACCAGCUAGUGGGAUUUCAGGACAAGAGAUUGUUGAAGCUUGAAGUAACGCGCAUAGAUCCUCGAUACCAGGAUGCUUGGGAUAGGAUGCAGGAUCGACAGACUGGAUCUGACGAGGAAUUUACAGAGUCAGUGCGAGGAAUGUGGCCUUUGUACUUCUUCAAUCCGAAGCAGUACGUACCAGAGCUACUGCGUGAUAUUGGAGACCGCAAGUUGUCGGUUUGGUGCUACCAAGCCCAGGGGCGAUGUGACAAGGAAUUGCGGAAUCCAAUGCAAAUGGUGGAGAGGCUUGGUGAUGUACAGGCAGAAACACUCAUCCUAUUCGGCCGCGAAGAUAUGAUCUGUGGGAUAGGGAUUGCGGAACGGACAGCAAAGGAUAUUCAAAAUUCCCGAGUGAUUACCUACGGCGAAUGUGGUCAUUUCCCCUGGAUUGAGAAAAGAGAACAGACCAUAUCGGAUAUCCGUAAAUUCAUUGAAAAGGAAGACUAG